AUGUUACCACUCUGUUCUUCCUCAUCCAUGGCUGCUAACUCUUCCCUCACUCUCCCAACCAAUUCUUUCCUCACAUUACUUCACCCUCCUCCAUCUUCCCACAACAUAUCAUCGUCACUUUCUUCAACCUCAUUCAACUCUCAGUUUCUAGGCCUCAAGUUAUCUCAUUCUUCCAUUUCCAUAGCCCCUUCUUCUUCGUUCAAACGAUCUUUCAUUUUUGCCAAGGUUAGUAAAGGCUCUAAGCCACCGGCUUUUACGCUGAAGGAUCAGGAUGGUAAGAGUGUGAGUCUAUCCAAGUACAAAGGGAAGCCUGUUGUUGUUUAUUUCUACCCUGCUGAUGAGACUCCUGGUUGUACCAAACAGGCCUGUGCUUUUAGAGAUUCAUAUGAGAAGUUCAAGAAAGCAGGAGCAGAGGUUGUUGGGAUAAGUGGCGACGGUACUGCGUCUCACAAGGCAUUUGCCCAGAAAUACAAACUUCCAUAUACAUUGUUGAGUGACGAAGGUAACAAGGUAAGGAAAGAAUGGGGAGUUCCGGGCGAUUUCUUUGGAUCAUUGCCAGGGAGAGAGACUUAUGUUAUUGACAAAAACGGCGUGGUUCAGCUCGUUUACAACAACCAGUUCCAACCCGAAAAGCAUAUCGAUGAGACCUUGAAACUACUUCAAAGCCUUUAA